AUGAUUCAAACACUUCAAGGAGCUGCUGAAGCUACAGGCUCUGUCCGGGAACUACAAUCCCCGUCUCGUGUUGCAGGUGGUUUCGGCUUCCAGAGCUCCAGCAGCAUCAUUUAUCCUGCCAGUAAUGUACCACAGACGUCACUCUCCAGACCGCCGUGGCCUGAACUACCUGCAUUUGAUCCUGAAGAAGAGGAAAGACGGCAUCAAGCGGUCGUGCAGAAGGUGAACGGGCUGAUUGAGAAGCGAGAGUGCGGGCGCUUGUUUGCUGUGGUUCAUUUCGCCAGCCGUCAGUGGAAAGUGACCGAUGAAGACCUGAUCCUCAUCGAAAACCACAUUGAUGCGGCGUGUGGCGACAGCAUAAGAAUGGAGAAGGUGCUGUUAGUUGGAGGAAAUGAUUUCACUCUUGUUGGAAAACCACUUCUCAGCCGUGAUUUAGUACAAGUUCACGCUACGGUGAUUGAGAAGACCGAAUCCUGGCCAAUGGUUCACAUGAGAUUCUGGAAGAGACAUCGAUUCCAAAGAAAGAGAAUCAUUAUUCAGCCGCAGACCGUGUUACGGAUCAACACCAUUGACGUCUCACCGAAACUGCUUUGACCAGCUGACAACGUGGUGCAAGUUUCAUGUUUGAGACCAUGUAAAUAAAUAAAGUUUUCUGAUAUGCGUCUAUCAUUUUUGGCUUGAGCAGUGAGUCGCUGCGUAUUAUUGUGUAUAACGGUCUGUUGUGUCACAGUAAAUGUGUUUGUCUCAUACAGAUGGAACGAAUCCUUGAGUCUGUUGAGCUAUUAAGAAGUCCAUGAUCGUUAGUGACGGCAAAAUGAAGUUUUGUGAAGCAGUGAACAGAUGAUCCUUCAUCAGGCUAGAUGCCAUUUGAGUGCGUAUAAAUUGAGUCUGUGAGGAGCAGCUGUGAAUUCUGCUUAUUUUAUCAGAUAAUGAUAACUUGGUAACACAGAUGAGGUUUUGGCACGUAAACUGCGACUCUAUCUGGAUGUUGUCGACUUAUUAAAAAGACAAGUGUACAUGCAUUGAGCAAAACUGGCGCUUGGAGCGGAUCUUCUGCGUGGUGACUAAUUGAAACGCCUCUGAUUGGCCGUCACGUUCAUGUGCUCAACUCUGAUUGACUAAAAGGCUUAGCAACAGCAGGGCUG